CCCUCUUCCCCCUUCUCCUCUCCCGGCAGCCGCGUCCACACUGCGCCGCCCGGACAGCCCAGAGCGCGGCGCGCACGGGCACCGGCGCCUAGUGCCGCCACCGCCGCCCCUCCCCGCACCCCCGGUGCGCCGUCCGCGGCCGUCCAGGGUCGCGCCCGCGCUCCCCCCACGGAUCCGGCCAGCAGCAAUUAGCCAGCAUCCCCGGGCCGUUCCCCAGACGCAUCCCCCGGCCCAGGACAAGGAUAAGCGGAACAGACGAGGCACAAAGUCGCAACUCAACUUUUUAAAAACAUUAUUUGCGGGUGCACGCGUGCAGCGGGGGAGAAUGAGCUGAUGCCGAGGGUCCAGCCACCCGCCUUCUGCCUCCUCCUCCCCCUGGCGCCGCUGCCCUCGCAGACGCGCGCGCACACACGGCGCUUGGGCCGGGUUUCCGCGCUCCGUCCCCGGGCUUGGAUGGGAGUUUUCGUUUCUGGAGGAGGCAGAGCCCGUGGAGUGCGCUGAAGGGCUGGAGCCCCCACUUACGCCUCGCCGGCGCUGGCCGCCCGCUGUCACCCCGCGCAGGCUGGCCGGGGGAAGGGACCCACCCGCACGCCUGGCUUUGUUGUGGAAAUCCCGGUUACCUGGCUCAUAACCCUCACCAUGGAUAACUUAUUGGACUUUGCCUGAAAGGAGUCAUUAGUGCCACUGGAUAUUUGACCACCCUGGCCACAGGUUUUUCAGAAUGAAUGGAAGGUCAUGCAGCAUGAAUCUCCACCGGACAUUGGUAACCCCACAGGGGCCUGGGAUGGUCAGUGGCCAGCACAUUCUUCCCAUUCGAGCCCACUCGGGGACUCCUGGCCCCUCGCCCUGUGGCAGCACACCAAGUCCUGCUAUUGGAAGCCUUGCUAACAGCCUCCCUCUCAAGAUGCCCUCGGGAAGAGGGAUGGCUUCUCAGAACAACAUGACUGAGAGCCCCAUCCAUCUGCCUGCCUUGAGCCCCAGGAGACAAGUGCUCACCAAUGGGAAGCCGCGAUUCCAGGUCGCCCAGUCUGGAGGCAUGUCAGGGUCACACACUUUAAAGCCAAAGCAGCAGGAAUUUGGAAGCCCUUUUCCUCCAAAUCUUGGGAAAGGGGCUCUUGGCUUUGGGCCUCAGUGCAAGUCCAUUGGAAAAGGCAGCUGCAACAAUCUAGUGGUCACCAGCAGUCCCAUGAUGGUUCAACGACUGGGACCCAUUUCACCUCCAGCAAGCCAGGUCUCUACAGCAUGCAACCAGAUCAGUCCUAGCUUACAGAGGGCAAUGAAUGCAGCCAACCUGAAUAUACCUCCUUCAGAUACCAGGUCCCUCAUUUCGCGGGAGUCUUUGGCGUCCACGACUUUGAGUCUGACGGAAAGUCAGUCGGCCUUGAGCGUGAAACAAGAGUGGUCUCACAGCUACAGGACUCUUCCUUCCCUUUCCUCCAGUCACAGCUCUCAGAAUGGCAUCGAUUUAGGGGACCUCCUUAGCCUUCCUCCCGGGACAUCCAUGCCCAGCAGUAGUGUCUCUAACUCAUUGCCAUCCUACCUUUUCAGUAUGGAAAAUAGCCACUCUCCUUACCCAAGCCCUCGGCACUCAUCCACCAAGUCCCACUCGGCCCGCUCUAAGAAGAGGGCCUUGUCCUUGUCCCCGCUGUCCGAUGGCAUCGGGAUAGACUUCAACACGAUCAUCCGCACGUCGCCCACCUCCUUGGUCGCCUACAUCAACGGGUCCAGGGCUUCCCCAGCCAACAUGUCGCCGCAGCCUGAGGUCUAUGGGCAUUUCCUGGGGGUGCGCGGCAGCUGCAUCCCCCAGCAGUGCCCAGUGUCCAGCGGCCAGAAAGGCGUGCUGGUGGCCAGCGGCGGCCUGGCCCUGCCGGCCUACAGCGAGGACGGCGCGCUGGAGUACGAGCGCAUGCAGCAGCUGGAGCACAGCGGCCUCCAGCCCGGCCCGGUCAACAACAUGGUGGUGCAGCACGGCCUGCCGGGCCCCGACGGCCAGCCGGCCGGCCUGCUCAAGACAGAGCGCCUGGAGGAGUUCCCAGGCGGCGCCCUGGACCUGCCCUCCGCGCCCCCCCUCCCUCCUCUGCCACUGCCCCAGGGCCCGCCACCCCCCUACCACGCCCACUCGCACCUUCACCACCCGGAGCUGGUGCCCCACACUCAGCCGCUGGCUCUGUCCCAGGCCGCCCUGGACGACGACGGGGAGCUGGACGACGUCGGGGACAAGCACUGCUGCCGCUGGAUCGACUGCAGCGCCUUGUAUGACCAGCAGGAGGAACUCGUGCGGCACAUCGAGAAGGUCCACAUAGACCAGCGCAAAGGGGAAGACUUCACUUGCUUCUGGGCUGGUUGCCCUCGAAGGUACAAGCCCUUCAACGCCCGCUACAAACUGCUGAUCCACAUGAGAGUCCACUCCGGAGAGAAGCCCAACAAGUGUACGUUUGAAGGUUGCAAGAAGGCCUUUUCAAGGCUUGAAAAUCUCAAGAUCCAUUUGCGGAGCCACACGGGCGAGAAGCCAUAUUUGUGCCAGCAUCCGGGUUGUCAAAAGGCCUUCAGUAACUCCAGUGACCGUGCCAAACAUCAGCGGACACAUCUGGACACUAAACCUUAUGCUUGUCAAAUUCCAGGAUGUACCAAACGCUACACAGAUCCAAGUUCCCUAAGAAAGCAUGUGAAGGCACACUCUUCCAAAGAUCAACAAGCAAGGAAAAAGUUGCGGUCCAGCACAGAGCUCCAUCCAGACCUGCUCACAGAUUGCCUCACUGUGCAGCCCCUGCAGCCAGCCACUUCCCCACGAGACGCUGCUGCAGAAGGGACUGUGGGGCGCUCCCCAGGCCCCGGGCCUGACCUCUAUCCAGCUCCCGUUUUCUCCAGCAAUCAUUCAAGCCGAAGUGGAACAGCUGCUGGGGCCGUGCCGCCCCCACAUCCUGUCAGUCACCCUUCUCCGGGACAUAAUGUACAGGGGAGCCCCCAUAACCCCUCCUCCCAGUUACCUCCACUCACAGCUGUGGACGCGGGAGCUGAGAGGUUUGCACCUUCUGCUCCGUCUCCUCACCACAUCAGCCCCCGGAGAGUUCCAGCUCCUUCUUCGAUACUGCAGAGAACACAGCCUCCCCAUACACAGCAGCCAUCAGGUUCUCACCUGAAGUCCUAUCAACCAGAAACAAACUCUUCUUUUCAACCAAAUGGUAUCCAUGUCCAUGGAUUUUAUGGGCAGCUGCAGACGUUCUGCCCCCCACACUACCCCGACUCCCAGAGAACCAUGCCACCUGGCGGCUCCUGCAGUGUGAUGCCUUCCUUUGAGGACUCCCUGGGCCCCACAUCCAUGAGCCAGACUGGUUUUGAUGUUUUCCACAGAGCCUUCUCGACUCACUCGGGCAUUACAGUGUAUGAUUUACCUUCAGGUUCUUCGAGCCUCUUCGGGGAGUCUCUCCGCAGCGGGCCUGAAGACACCACAUUCUUGCAGAUCAGCGCUGUGGACCGCUGUCCCAGUCAGCUUUCCUCUGUCUACACUGAAGGCUAAAAGCUCCCUUGGCCUCAACUGCACAUCCAGAAACUUGUUGCUUGCCACCUUUUGUUUAAAUGCUCUCACAGACUGCAGGAGAAAGAAUGUUACCCCAAUCAGCGCAACCUGCAGAGACACUGAUGUGUCUUUGGAAGGCAGUCCUGUAUGGUCAGAGCUCACUUUGUGGGAGUCUUUGCAGUUACUCGUCUUUCUCUCUGGGUUUGCUGGACUAGGUGACCAGCAAGAUUGUCUUUUCAAA